AUGAUCCUGAUCUUUUUGGGCGCGUUAGCCCUUUUGUACUUCGGGUGGAGUAUGGUGAUGAUGGAAAUUCAUUAUCGUCGAGCCUCUGCGAUGGGCAUCCCAGUCGUACGCUUGUGCGUCGACGCGCAAAACCUCGCUUGGAUGAUUCUUGAGCCCCAUGUAUGGCCAUUGCUGGAGAAACUACCUUUCAGCCUUGGUAGCUUCGGGCGUUAUUCCCGUCGUGGGUGGUUCUUUCACGACCGGGGCGAGUCCCAUCGCCGUUACGGGCCCGUUUGGGCUCUCGCGACCCCCCGUGAAAUCACACUAAUUGUGGCGGAGUCAGAGGCCAUUUGCGAUAUUUUUCAAAGACGAACUGAUUUUGUUCGCCCAAGUAUCAUGUAUAAGGUGUUAGAGGUCUAUGGCCCCUGCAUUUCGACAGCUAACGGACCGGACUGGGCGCGCCAUCGGAAGAUCGUGGCUGCUCCAUUCAAUGAAAAUGUCAUGUCUUAUGUUUGGGACCAGAGUGUCGAGCAGGGUCGCCAAAUGCUGGAUGUGUGGGUGGGAGAAGGGUCGAGCGAGAUAACCAGCGUUUCAAAAGACACACGCACGGUUUCAUUAAACGUUCUGGCUGCAACUGGGUUUCGCAAAUCAUAUCCGUUCCUAAGUGUGCAGGAGCAGCAGGAUGGCCCGGCGAACUAUCGGGACUCCUUACAAAUUAUUCUUGACAACGCUAUUCUCUUGAUGGUUGCUCCACGGAACCUUCUUAGCCUGCCAUUUGCCCCGAAGUCGUGGCAAGUACUUGGAAGAGCAGCUAAGGAAUUCAAAGGCCAUAUGCUUACAAUGCUGAAUGAUGAGACCAGGGCCUUGAAUGAAGGCAAGCUUGGAUCUGGGAGUCUUAUGACGACUCUGGUAAGAGCCAUGGAUAUUCAGAACGCGAGUACCAAGACCGAAACACCCAAUGAACCACAGAAAGGGCUCUCAAUUGAUGAGAUCUUUGGCAACAUCUUUGUUAUCAAUUUUGCUGGCCACGACACCACGGCUAACACCCUGAGUUUUGUAAUGCUGCUUUUGUCUGCAUACCCAGAGGUGCAAGAUUGGGUGGCCGAGGAGCUGGAAUCGUUCCCAGAUGACCUCCAAGGGCAAUACUCUGAGAUAUACCCCAAGCUCAACCGCUGCAGAGCGCUCAUGCUCGAAACUCUCCGCAUCUUCCCACCAGUGCCUGCUCUUCCGAAAAUUGCCUAUGACUCACCUCAACCCCUCAAGUUCAACGAUAAAACCAUCAUGAUCCCUCAAAAUUCAGGAGUGCUUAUCAAUUUGAUUCACACUCACAAGAGUCCUUCCUACUGGGCGGACCCAUUCGUCUGGAGGCCAGCAAGAUGGGUGACGAACUCACCCACAGCUGAGUCUGACGCAGCACUCUUACUAGAACCUGAGCGACUCGUGACCCCAACAUUGGGCUCGACUGUUCCUGCUGAUGAGCGGCUUGUCACGCCUUCGCGAUGUACCUAUUUCCCGUGGGCUGAUGGUGGACACAGCUGCCCUGGAAACAAGUUUUCUCAAGUUGAAUUUGUGGCAGUCAUAGCCAAGUUGCUAUGUCAUUACCGGGUACGAGCUGUUCCUAGCCCGGGAGAAACCUGUGGACAGACUCGUAGCAGAAUCCUGGCUACCACUCAGGACGUUGAUCUCCAGUUGCUUUUGAGGAUGAGAGAUGCUGAUCACGUGCGCCUAGCGUGUGUACGGGCCUGA